GCACGGAGGCUCUCUAGCGCAGCCGCAGCAACAGCCAGCCUGAAGGCUCUCCAGGGAGGCGCUACAACACUUAUCGGCGGCGCAUCUAUGACAUCGGUAGCCUAUCAACCCCACCAUCCAAUGCGUUUAGUAGGUACUGGCGGCAUGUUUCUGGUUUUGCAGCUUGGAAAAAAAUACUUGAUCUCCCCAUCAAAUCACGCACCCAGGGUCCUCUUCUUCCUCCCUACACUCUUCUCAUCCCGCUGAAUCUGUGCAAUUGAGCCCGUAUACUGCUUCAUUCUGUCUCACCAUGUCUAAGACAGAGCAAAAGGCCUGCCUCAUCGUUAUUGAUGGAUGGGGUAUCCCAUCUGACGAGAGCCCCAAGGAUGGCGAUGCCAUUGCGGCCGCCGAGACGCCCGUGAUGGACGAGCUUUCCCAGAGCGAGACUGGAUUUACCGAGCUUGAUGCCUCAUCGCUGGCGGUGGGACUGCCCGAGGGCUUGAUGGGCAACUCUGAGGUCGGCCACUUGAACAUUGGUGCGGGACGUGUUGUCUGGCAGGAUGUUGUCCGCAUCGACCAGUCGAUCAAGAAGGAGGAAUUCGACUCCAACGAGGUCCUCAAGAAGACUCUUGAGGGUGUUGUGAGCGGCAAUGGCCGCCUGCACCUCUGCGGUCUGGUUUCUCACGGUGGUGUGCACUCCAAGCAGACGCACCUGUACGCCAUCCUCAAGGCCGCCAAGAAAUACAACGUCCCCAAGGUUUUCAUCCACUUUUUCGGUGACGGCCGUGAUACCGACCCCAAGUCUGGUGCUGGCUACAUGGAGGAGCUGGUUGACUUUAUCAAGGAGCUCGGCCUUGGUGAGAUUGCCACCGUUGUCGGCAGGUACUACGCCAUGGACCGUGAUAAGCGAUGGGAGCGUGUUGAGGUUGCUCUCAAGGGCCUCGUUCUUGGCGAGGGCGAGGCGAGCGAGGAUCCCGUCGCUACUGUAAAGGCACUGUACGAGACAGAGGGCAAAAACAACAGAGAUGAGUUCCUUCUCCCCAUCAUUGUCGGUGGCGACGAGCGCCGCAUCAAGGAUGAUGACACCGUCUUCUUCUUCAACUACCGAUCCGAUCGUGCGCGACAAAUCACUCAGCUCCUGGGAGAUGUUGAUCGAUCCGUGCUGCCCGACUUCCCCUACCCUAAGAUCAACAAGCUCGUUACCAUGACUCGAUACAAGACUGACUACCCCUUCGAUGUUGCUUUCGAGCCUCAGAAGAUGGACAACGUUUUGGCUGAGUGGCUUGGAAAGCAAAACGUUGAGCAGGUGCACGUUGCCGAGACUGAGAAAUACGCUCACGUCACCUUCUUCUUCAACGGUGGUGUUGAGAAGGUCUUCCACCUCGAGACCCGUGACCAGGACCAGGACCUUGUUCCCUCCAACAAGACCGUCGCAACAUACGACCAGGCCCCUGAGAUGUCUGCGGAUGGAGUUGCCGACCAGGUUGCCAAGCGUCUGGCAGAGCAGAAGUUCCCCUUCGUCAUGAACAACUUUGCUCCCCCUGAUAUGGUGGGCCACACCGGUGUCUACGAGGCCGCUAUCGUUGGCUGUGCCGCCACCGAUAAGGCCAUCGGAAAGAUUCUGGACGCCUGCAAGAAGGAAGGCUACAUCCUGUUCAUCACUGCCGACCACGGCAAUGCUGAGGAGAUGAAGUUCGCCGAUGGAAAGCCCAAGACUAGCCACACCACCAACAAGGUGCCUUUCAUCAUGGCCAAUAAAACAGAGCAACAAUUACAGAUAGAAUGAUUUGGUGAGCAUGAUUAAAGAAGGAGUAUGGAUAGAAGAACGAUGAAUAAGGGCAUGAAGACAUAUACAUUUCAGAUAGAAACGACAAAUACGAAAUAUCUACACCUAUGAACACUAUUACUGCCAAACAUGCGGGUGACAAAUGCGAAAUACUAAUACCAUGAGCACUACGGAGUACUGAGUACCUAAUGUGCGGGUGAUAGAAAACGCCGCCAGUCUGUUGCUAUAAAUAUCCAUGUUGACAUGCAAUAAGCAGUGUAUUUUCUGUCACCCCAUGCCUAACACCACUCGGUAAGUGCAGCUACGUAUUAAGUAAA